AUGAGUGAGAGACCACAACCAUUGAAGGCUAUCAACCGUUUCUUUGAGGGCAAGGAACCAUGGCAGAUAGUUACCAUGACUGCAUCAUCAGUACUUGCUAUAGUGUGGGCUCAUAGUCUAUAUAAUGCUAAAGACCCUGUAACUGUGAGAUUAAGGAGGGAGUUCUUCAGAUGGCUCCGAUGUGUUCCAAUUGUGAGAAGGAAGAUAGAAGAAAAGAUGACAGAAAUUAGAAGCGGCUUUAAGAAGGAUGUUAAUAAACGACUCGCUGGCAUGACCAUAUAUAAAGACCUGCCGCAGGUCGGUUUCACAGCUGAACAAGUUGCUGAAGAAGUGAAAUUGCAUCUUAGUUUAGGAUCUUAUGACUGGAAGGGAGGUAGUGUCUCCGGGGCUGUCUAUCAUUUGGAGGAAGAUAUAUGUAAAGUAGCAUGUGAAGCGUAUUCAUCUACAGCAUACACAAAUCCCUUACACGCUGAUGUGUUCCCUGGAAUCAACAAGAUGGAGGCUGAGAUUGUCAGGAUGACGAUCAAUCUGUUUCAUGGGGAUGAAAAUUGUUGUGGAACGGUGACAACAGGAGGUACGGAAUCUAUUAUGAUGGCGUGUAAGGCUUUCAGGGAUUUAGCAUACAGUAAGGGUAUAAGUAACCCUCAAAUGGUGAUACCUACUACCGCGCACACAGCCUUUGACAAAGCUGCCCAAUACUUGAACAUAUCGGUGGUAACAAUACCGGUUUCAUCAGAAACUUAUACCGUUGAUAUAGAAGCCGUUAAACGAGCUAUUGGCAGAAGGACAUGUAUGAUAGUGGGUUCGGCUCCCAACUACCCGUACGGCACUAUGGACGAUAUAAAGUCGUUAUCAGACAUAGCGGUUGAGUAUGACGUGCCAUUACACGUGGACGCAUGUCUUGGAGGGUUCAUAGCUGCCUUUAUGCCAGAAGCUGGCUAUAAUGUACCUGUAUUCGACUUCAGACUGCCAGGCGUUGCCAGUAUAUCAGCUGAUACCCAUAAGUAUGGCUACGCACCGAAGGGUACAUCGGUGAUAGUGUACCGUAAGGAGGAAUACAGACACCAUCAGUAUACUGUGAGCACCGAGUGGCCGGGAGGGGUGUAUGGGUCACCUACUGUUAACGGCAGUCGCGCGGGCGGUCUGAUAGCUGCGUGCUGGGCGACCAUGAUGUACGUGGGGCGAGAACAGUACGUGCGGAUGGCGGGACAGGUCGUGCAUACGGCCAGGAGGAUAGAGGACGAAAUCCGUAAGAUAAAUGGAUUGUUCAUAUUCGGUCAGCCCGCGACCACAGUGGUUGCUUUCGGGUCAAACAGCUUCGACAUCUUCAAGUUAGCGGACCUUUUGCAUCAGAAGGGCUGGAGUUUGAACGCUUUGCAAUUUCCUUCUGGUAUCCACAUAGCAGUGACUCACGCCCACACUAGACCCGGUGUCGCUGACAGGUUCUUGGCUGAUUUGAAGGAAGCUACAGCUGCUUGUGUGAAAGAAGGAAGUGUUCCAGUAGAGGGAAAGAUGGCUAUAUACGGUGUUGCGCAGAGUAUACCAGAUAGAAGUCUAGUUUCAGACAUAACUAAAUACUUCAUUGAUUCCAUGUACUAUUUACCCAAGCCCGGAAUUUUUUUAUUGUAA